AUCUCCACUGUGGAUUUCUUAUAAGGUGGGUCUCGUACCAAUCUUCCAGUCCAAAUCCUACUCUCUUUGGAUCACUGCUCAGGGUUCGCCGCCGGCAAUCGACCCCCAAAUCCUACUCUCUUUGGAUCGAGUUUAUUUCAUCAGCAAUGGCGACUUCGCCGGCUCGCCGCAGGCCGCGGCUCCCGUCGCCGGACAUUUCAGCGGCGGAGAUCCUGGACUCCCUUCCUCCGGCGAUACUCGACGAGAUCCUCUCCCGCCUCCCCAUCCGCGAUGCCGCCCGCACCUCCGUGCUCUCCCGCGCCUGGCGCCGCCGCUGGGAGUCUGUCCCCUACCCCGUCCUCAACUGGCCCCGCGGGACGCCCUCAGCUCCCAUCGACGCCGUCCUCGCGCACCGCACCUGUCCCGUCAGCGAGUUUCGCCACCAGUACGUCUCGGAGCUGGAAUUCCACCUCUCCGAUCUCUGGCUCCUCCGCUUGGCCAGCUUGGGAGUUCAGUCCCUCCACCUCAAGUUCAAAUGGUUGAAGGCUGAUGGGAUUGUGAGGAUUCCACACUUCCACAUGCUCCACUCCCACAUCUUCUCCUGCCUCGAGCUCAUCGUUCUCGACCUGGAAUCCUGUGACUUCCCCGGUCUGCAGUAUGGCUUCGCAGGCUUUCCAAACCUAACCACCAUAAGCUUUUGCAACGUUCGAUUUCCCCGAGGCUUGAGUGGAUUGGAGGCGCUGAUCUCUUCAUCGUCCUCGCUUCGGAGGCUGCGGCUUGAGAAUUUGAGGAUGCCUAACAAGUACGAGCAAUGGGUUAUUCAUGCGCCCAAUCUCCAGAGUCUGCUCAUCAGUUCAGUGUUUGAUUACGGGUGGCAGGUCGAUGAUCUCCCAUCACUUGAGGUAGCAGAGAUCAAACUUAGAAACUACUCUAAUGACCAAGAAAUCGUGAAUCUUAUCUCUCGGUUGGAUCAAGCUAGGAUUCUCCAGCUCGACAUGCCGUGUUCAUUGGACAAUCUUCUGGAGGAACUCCCGCGAUCCUUUGUGAAUCUGAAGAGUUUAUCGCUGCAUAUACCAUAUUGCUGCCUAUCUAGCUUUUUAUCUAUCUUUUGUCUAGUCAGGAAGGCUCCUAACCUUGAAGUUUUGGAUGUUGAGCUUGGUUUCCACUUUGAAGAGGAUGAUGAAGUUGAUAUUAACGUUCUAAAUGGGCAACGGGCUGAUGAUCCGUUCUCUAGUCUCACAAGUGUUCAUAUGAAAAAUGUCACCUGGGAUUCAUAUGAGAUGACUUUUAUCCAGUUUAUUUUGUCCGAGGCAAGACAACUUGAGGUACUUAGUAUUCAUGAAUCUAGAGGGCAUUUGACAUCCGAUGAAGAGGCAUUUGUAGCUGCAGAGGUUGCACGAUACAGGAGAGCUUCUCCAGCAGCUAAUGUUGUCAUCAGCCGCAUACCCUAGAGUUAUGGGAGUUUGUAAUUUGUAGGUUGUGUGGUAGGUAAGUUUGCAACUUUGGUGCUGGACUGUACAAUGGCAUCGACGCAACCACCUGGUUACAUAUGUAAAUUAACUCUAUGACCAACAUAGAAUUUUGAAUUCUACAUUAUCUUUUUCCCC